AUGCCGCAAGUUAUCUACACUCUCGACAACGCCAUCGACAGCUUCUUUUCAGAGGCUGGAGCGUCGUCGUCUAAGACGCAAUGCGACGAGGUUGCCCGCCAAAGGGGCAACAAGAUUAUCCAGUUCCGAGAGCAGACUGCCCUGCUGGACAUGGACAUCCUGGCAAGGCUUGAAUACGUAGCUGGCGCCCUCCCCGAGCGCUUCCUACCAGCCGUCACCGAAGUACAAGCCGCCCUGCCAGCUCUCCUUGACGGGUGCUAUCCAGUGGUCCUCAGGCACAGCGACCUCAACGAGAUGAAAAUCCUGGUCGAUCCCUGCAGCGGCAAGAUCACAGGCGUUGCCGACUGGCCUGGCGCGAGCAACCAACCGUUUGGCUUCACCCUCUACGCGCUGGAGAACGCCCUCGGCAGCAUGGGCUCGAACGGAUGGAAGUGGUCCGACAACGUGGAUAACCCGAGGGGCGCAUUCUAG